CACUACCAAGGAGCUUUGGAGAGACUCCUAAGAACAAAGCUAAACAUAAACAUUGGAGGUGUCUAAAAUUUGAGUGAACUUUCACAAGGAUUUACUCUGUCUACAAUCGGGAAAGAAAACUAGCCUUCUCCUUGACCACCAGGCCAGGUGACGGUUAAAAGAUUCAACAAGUCCUGCAAAAGUAGAUCUCUCAAGUCACGACCCCAGCAACCAGAAUGGAGCUUCAGAAGAUGAACGGACACAGCAGGGACGACGGGUUUGACGGGCUGGAUGCCUUGGCUGAGCAAGAGGAGUUUCUCCCACAUAAACCCGGCAUCAAGAAAGAAAACCACUUCACAGAUUUCGAGGGAAAGACUUCAUUCGGCAUGUCCGUCUUCAACCUCAGUAACGCCAUCAUGGGCAGUGGAAUUCUGGGAUUGGCUUUUGCGAUGUCCAACACCGGAAUCAUUCUCUUUCUAAUCCUGUUGGUGUCUAUUGCCAUUCUGUCUGCAUAUUCAAUUCAUCUCCUGCUGAAAAGUGCUGGAGUUGUUGGCAUUCGGGCUUAUGAGCAGCUUGGGAAUCGGGCUUUUGGUGCCCCGGGGAAAAUGCUGGCUGCUUGCAUCAUCACGGUACACAACAUUGGAGCAAUGUCCAGCUACCUCUUCAUCGUCAAGUCUGAGCUCCCUCUGGUUAUUCAAGCUUUCCUGGGUAAAUAUGAAAACACAGGCGAGUGGUUCUUGAAUGGAAACUACUUGAUCAUGAUUGUUAGUGCUUCGAUCAUCCUUCCUCUCGCAAUCAUGAAACAACUUGGUUACUUGGGCUACACGAGUGGGUUCUCCCUUUCCUGCAUGGUGUUUUUCCUCAUUUCGGUUAUCUACAAGAAAUUCAACAUCCCGUGUCCACUGGGGGACGAACAUCUUAACAUAACUUCUGUAACUCACGACCACAUGGCCGUAAACGUGACAGACGACUUCUGUGAAGCCAAACUAUUCACCAUGAACUCACAGACAGCGUACACCAUCCCGAUUCUGGCCUUCGCCUUCGUCUGCCACCCAGAGGUGCUGCCGAUCUACACCGAGCUGCGAGAUCCCACCAAGAAGCGUAUGCAGAAUGUUGCCAACAUCUCCGUCUUGGCCAUGUUCAUCAUGUACCUGCUUACGGCUCUUUUCGGUUACCUCACCUUUUUUGGUGCUGUGGAGUCUGAGCUGUUACACACCUACAGUCAAGUGGACGCCCUCGACGUCCAGAUUCUCUGUGUGCGUCUGGCUGUGCUGGUGGCCGUCACCCUGACUGUUCCCGUGGUUCUUUUCCCAAUCCGCAGGGCUUUGCUGCAGAUCCUGUUCCCCAACAAGCCAUUCAACUGGUACAUACACAUCGGCAUUGCAUUUUGUCUCAUCUUCGUGGUCAACAUCCUGGUUAUCUUCGUGCCCUCCAUCCGCGACAUCUUUGGCCUCAUCGGAGCCACAUCUGCCCCCAGCCUCAUCUUCAUCCUGCCUGGAAUCUUCUACGUCCGUAUCGUUCCUGAAGAGCAGGAGCCUCUUCUGUCCAGACCCAAGAUUCAGGCCGCAUGCUUUGCCGCACUGGGAUUCAUCUUCAUGAUCAUGAGUUUGUCGUUUAUCAUCAUUGACUGGGUGUCAGGGGAGUCCAGAAGUGGAGGUGGGCACUAGCAGUCGAGACUGAACAGACAUACUACGAACAGAAUGCCAACCAAAGCUCUCCCAGUCAUUAAAUUACCCCUCAUCUGCAGUGUUCUCGUCCAGAACCAAACAAGAAACGUUUGGCUGCACAAGACGAAGGAUAUGUGAAGAACCUUCGUUUAAAACCAAAAAAUAGAAAGAAAGCGUUUUUGACAUAUGAUGGGGCAGUCAAAAGGCCCAGUUAUGGAGGAGAUGCAUGAGAAUAUGAAGCAAUGUGUUCUGACUGAAUAAAACCCAUGUAACGCCUCGCAGUAAGGAUGUUGUUUGGAGGCAUGUGUAGAAAUGCAAAAGACAGCAAAAGCAUGAAUGGGAACAGCAUGACUCACAUGGAAAUCCCAUUUUAGAGUAUGGAUGUGUACAGUUCCGUGGAAUAGCUCAGUCACUGCCAAAAUCCUUCCAAUCUACUUCCCUCCCGUCUCAGAUUUUUACAGGACAGACAUUUUAUAAUGUCACAAGCAAACAAAACAUUUCAGUUGUUGUUACAUUAUUCAUUUGGGACUGUAAAAUCUGCUGGUGCAGUGUUGUCCAAAUGUCCCCGAACGUCACAGACUCAGCUAAAAGCCAAAAGCAAGGGUUAGUCUGAGGUUCCACACUAACCAUUCCAACCAGAAUACGACUUUGCGAUGACUUUUACAUGGAGUUUAAUAAAUGUUCUUAAUGUGAUAUUUUUUUGUUAAUCUAUUCUGACACUUAACAUGUAGAGACGAUCAUCUCUCAAAGCUGAGCCUGAGAUGAUCCUUUAUAAAUAAUCCAACGGAUGUGGUGCAAUUUGAUGGCUGCUGUCCAUGAAGGUCAAACAGACAGUUACUGACAAUCACAUGUGAAUCAACAUACACAGAAAGUUGGUUUACAGAUUUUUAUGUUUUCCUGGAAAAGAAAAUCCUUGUUGCAAACCAAAGAAUAUACAGGGUUCGUACAAAGACUUGAAAGUUUGAGGAUAAUGCUUGAAUGUGCUUUAAAAAGAACUCUGACAUUUUUAGCAUAAUUUGGUGUUUCAUCUGCCAUUCACUCAUGUAAAUAAAUAAAUCUUUAAAUAUUUGAAAUGAAA